AUAGCGUGCCGAGCAGUCGCAGAACGCGCACGAGUAUUAACCAAGAAACCAAAAAAAGAAAUACAAAACAACACUCGAGUGAUUUCCAACCAAAAGAUACAGUUAAAAAACAAAGAAUUUAAUUUAGCCUCAACGAACAUACAGAAAUUCUUCGCUUUUAAUUGCCCGAAGACGUUUUUUACGUUUGUUAUUAAUUAAUUGUAAAAUGAGUGACCUAGAGCAUAUUGCACUUCAAAUGGAUAAGCUGCCGCUGGACGAUGAUAAAACUUUGGCGAGAAAUCAAGAAAAUAUCAACAAUCACAGCAAUGGCGAUGCAAUCGAUGGACGUAAUAAUGUACGAGUGCCCCGAGCAGUUCCCGAAACGGAUGAUGAUGACGACGAUCGUCCCUUUGUUAAAGAUGGGAGUGGUAAUCCCGGUGUAGACGAUGGUCUCCUUGGAGGCAACGCCGGUGGUGGGGUCACUGUACUCAUUCCCAACGGAGGAGGCGGCAGACGACCCAGUUUCUCCUUUCCGGGAUACAAUGGAACAUCGGGUGUUGUGACCAUUGACGGAGUGGAGACUCCAGUUCCCGAUGUCAAUGCAUAUCAGCACAAGAAGACCCUGGCCCAGGGUAUGAUGGAUCUGGCUCUGCUUUCGGCAAAUGCCAAUCAGCUGCGUUAUGUACUGGAAACGAAUACUCAGCAUCCGUACUUUUAUCCCAGCUUGAUAUUCAUCUCACUCAGCAUUGUAUUUCAGAUUGCUGUUGGCGUGGGACUUAUUUGGAAUGGCCGGUACAACAUUAAGAACGAGCAAGAUAUCUGUCGGGCGAACAGAGUCAACAAUUACACAGUCAUCGGCAUUUUUAUUGUGACAGUGGUCAAUGUCCUGAUAUCGGCCUUUGGCGUGGCAUCUACACCUGUUGUCGUUAAUACUACUUAGUUCAGGAUCUGCUUUUAUAUUUGUAGAUUCCUUUAGAAAUUAGUAUUUAGCCAGUUAAGCACAAUCACAUCAUUAGGAAAUACUCACAGCCUCACCUCACACCGGGUAGUUUUUUUUGUUAAAAUUCACACAAGCGCCUCAUUUUUAUACAUGUAACAACUGAAAUGUGAUAAAUAAAAUGAAUCCCAUAAAAUGAAAUUAAUGCAAAGAGAGCAUUUUGUCGAAAAUAAA